AUGAUAAAGCAAAAGGUGAAGGCUGUGUAGUUUGUAGUGUGUGAUGUUCCGCACCAAAUCAAGGCUUCAAGCCGUUCACGUAACUCCAAACGAAAAGAGCUGCCCUCGUGAGUUGCGAAACCUUAUCCAGAUAAAACCUCCAAAUCAGUCAUUUUGUAACCAACCAAAAAGGGCAAAAUUCAGACCGGACAGACACAGAGAAAAGAUCACUUGUCUUUUGGUAAAAGUAGUCGGGACAUUGCUGUCAUUUCAACACACUUUUUCACUGAUUCAUGGACCAAUCGUUGUGCACCUCUCAUCCUCUGGGCUCUGAGAAUUUCCGAAACUCAAAAAAAAAAAAAAAAAACCUCUUAUUCUUCCCUCUUUCUUCCUCUGCUGAAUAAAACAGAAACAGAGAAAGAACAUAAAAUGAUAAAAAAAAAAAAAAAAGGAACCCAAAGUUAUCAAAAGUUAGUAAAAACUUUUUAUUUUGUAUUUCUAUAAAGAAAAAUAGAUUGAAAUUGUAGCUUUUUUAAACAGAGGAAAGGAAAGUAAAAUUUGCGAUAAGAAAGACAAAGAAAAAAAAGGCCAUAAAUUUCACGAGCUCUCCUCUGUGUAUCUUUCUAAAAUCUGUCCCGAUAAAAUCUUCAAAAAAGAAAAUAAAGGAAAGAAUAAGUUCAAGUGGGUAAAGAUUUCACGAGCAAAAACCCAUUUCUUCACCAACCAAAACAGAAUAAAAAAAGGAAAAAACCCGUCAAACGGUUAUUUUAUUGCCACGUCAUUCCACGACCAUCACCGCCUAACUCGAUCUCAAACUGGGUUGUCUCUGAAACUACGGUUUGAGCUUUGUUCGAAUAGAGAAAAGAGAGAAAUGGAUCGAUCAGCAAUAACAGUGGGACCAGGGAUGGACAUGCCAAUCAUGCAUGACAACGAACGUUAUGAACUGGUUAGAGAUAUCGGUUCAGGGAACUUCGGGGUGGCUAGGUUGAUGAGAGAUAAGCAGACUGAAGAGCUUGUUGCUGUUAAGUAUAUCGAGAGAGGUGAGAAGAUAGACGAAAAUGUUCAAAGGGAAAUUAUCAACCACAGGUUACUAAGGCAUCCGAAUAUUGUCAGAUUCAAAGAGGUCACAUUGACACCAACCCAUCUGGCUAUUGUGAUGGAAUAUGCAUCCGGAGGAGAGCUAUUUGAACGUAUAUGUAAUGCAGGCCGGUUCAGUGAGGAUGAGGCACGCUUUUUCUUUCAACAGCUUAUAUCAGGAGUCAGUUACUGUCACGCAAUGCAAGUGUGCCAUCGUGACCUGAAGUUGGAGAACACAUUACUGGAUGGGAGUCCGGCUCCUCGUUUGAAGAUUUGUGACUUUGGGUAUUCCAAGUCCUCAGUAUUGCAUUCACAACCCAAAUCAACAGUAGGAACUCCAGCUUAUAUAGCUCCUGAAGUUUUACUGAAGAAAGAAUAUGAUGGAAAGGUUGCGGAUGUCUGGUCUUGUGGAGUAACCUUAUACGUUAUGUUGGUUGGAGCGUAUCCUUUUGAAGACCCUGAGGAUCCUAAGAACUUCCACAAAACAAUACAUCGAAUUUUAAAUGUCCAGUACUCGAUACCUGACUAUGUCUAUAUAUCUCCUGAGUGUCGUCAUCUGAUCUCAAGGAUUUUUGUGGCUGACCCAGCAAAGAGGAUAUCCAUUCCUGAAAUUAGGAAUCAUGAGUGGUUUUUAAAGAACCUACCAACAGAUCUCAUGGAUGAGAACACAAUGAACAACCAGUUUGAAGAACCUGAUCAACCUAUGCAAAGUGAAGAUGAAAUCAUGCAGAUCAUCACCGAAGCCACUAUUCCUGCAGCUAAUACCAAUAGUCUGAAUCAUUAUUUGACUGGUAGCCUGGAUAUUGAUGAUGAUAUGGAAGAGGACCUGGACAGUGAUCCUGAACUUGACAUCGAUAGUAGUGGUGAGGUAAUAUAUGCAAUGUGAUUGUAACAUCACCAGUGUGCUGAGAAGGCAGGUCAUCCAAUUUUCUUCCAAGCUUGUCUUUGGAAUUUGGGUGACAGCGAGGAGGCUAUGAUAUUUUGUUGGAAGUGGGAGAAGGUAUAGGUGGGGAUUUCUCUGUCAGUGAGAAUCCAACAUUUUAUUGCUAUUGCCUUCCAAAGUGAAGUGUUUCUGUUCUCUGUAUCACUUAAAUGUCCUGCCACUUUGAAGUGGCAUUAUGUACCGUUCUGUAGUCUUGUAACGCAUGUAAUUAAGUGUUGACUUUGUCUUUUACUGUACUGUCGUCUUCUUUGUUUACAUUUGUAGAAAGUUUCUUAUCGACUUACAGUUCAUGAAAUGAAUCUUUAAAUGCUAACAUAAAUGACUUCUGCUAACAAAUGCCUUCAGGCAUCGUUUACGGUGCAAUUUAGGAUGAAGAUAAGUGCUUCUUAGGCACUCAUUAGCCAAACAAAAACUAGUUAUAACUUACCCUGAUCUGGUGCGUUUUGUGCACGAGU